AGUGCAGCGUCAUUAUGAGAGUCCCUCCCGUAAGUAAUACUUACUACCUAUACUUAUUUAAAUUUAAGCAUUGAGGUGUAUCGUUUAAGCACCUAGAUACAAGUAUUAUUAUUUUUAAAUAAACAUUUAGUAACUACAGAUUAUAUAUCUAUUCAUCGCACUGAAGGAGGUUCGUGAAUCUCACCACGCCUAAGUACAUAAAAAGGUUGUUCUACCAAAUUUUGUCAAUAAUGUGUAUAAUCGAGAUCAGUGGAGUAGGCGGCCGUCCUUGUAUGUUUAUACGUUGCUAUGGGUUACCGCAGCUAGCCACACCUCAAAGCCACGGAACCCAGUUUAGCUGAUCGUUGUGUGUCCGUUCCGCUCCGACGAUUUCACCCAAAGUUUUUGUUACAAUUUUACAUGUUAGAAAAGUGCAUUUAUUUACGAUAUUCCUCAAGUUAUAGUUUACAAAAUAAAGUUCACUCUGUUCUUAAGUACUUACCGAAACACGUAAAUGAUCUACACUUAAUUUUUGACAUGUUACUAAGUAAGUAAUUAACUUUAAGUUAACGACUGAAUGAGAUUAGAAGAAUCUGAAUAAUCUUCAGUUAUUUAGUAGGCACCUAGUUCCCCAGGUGCAGCUAAGUACCUACAGUGGUUUAAAAUGUGCCCAGUGAAAUAGGGUAAUCGGAAAACUUGAAGGAAAUGGGAAGUACGGGCGUUAAAAGGAGUUUGCGAGUGGCAUGGAUUCUUAUCACGGCCAAAGUGGUGGCUGCGGGAAUAGCGUGUCUUAGCAAUCCAUGCCUGCAUGGAAUCUGCAUCGAUGAUGUCAACAGCACAUACUCUUGUUACUGCGUGGAUGGGUACACCGGUGUGCAAUGCCAGACCAACUGGGACGAGUGCUGGUCCGAUCCUUGUGAAAAUGGCGGCACUUGCAUAGAUGGCAUCGCAUCUUAUAACUGCUCAUGUCCAGAAGGUUUUAUAGGUGACAAUUGCGAGACCAACUUUAAUGAGUGUGAGUCGAAUCCGUGCCAGAACAAUGGCACCUGCAUUGACAUGACCAAUGGCUACCUCUGCUCCUGCAUCCCUGGCUUCGCUGGUGACCACUGUGAGGUCGACAUUGCCGUCUGCAACUCUUCGGAAGAAGUACGCUGUUACAAUGGCGGCCAAUGCAUCGAAGGGCCCGGAUAUAAGUUCUAUUGCAAAUGUCCACCAGGUUGGGCAGGGAAAAAAUGCGAGGACACUGUGGAUGAAUGUGAAUCAAAUCCGUGCCAAAAUGGAGGAAUUUGUAUAGACGCACAUGCGGACUAUAUGUGCGCUUGCACUUUUGGUUUCACAGGAAAAAGCUGCGAAGUGACGAUAGAAUUCUGCGAUAGCAACUCUUGCAGCAAAAACGCAAUAUGCGUUGUAGAAGAUGGCCUUCAAGUUUGCUAUUGCGUACCUGACUACCAUGGUGACCGCUGUGAACUUCAAUAUGACGAAUGUCUUCUUGGACCUGGGUGUAUGAAUGGAGGUACUUGCAUUGAUGGUGUCGAUAAUUUCACAUGUUCAUGCCCACCCAGAUUGACUGGCUCGCUCUGUGAGUGUUUAAUAUUGGAUGAUGGUGCCUACGAUUGUAAAUACGUCAGUCCAACACCCAUACCUACUACGACGAUGUCUGUAAUUUUAACUACAAUGAGACAAGGAUGGACCUCUACUGAAUUGAUUCCUACUGGGUCUGAACAAUAUAACGAUACAACUACUCAAUUUAUUACGAUAUCUCAAGAAACAGAAUCAACAUCUGUAUUAAGUAAUGAAGUAACUGAAGGUAGGGAAAUGGAAUCCACAACUGAUACGACAACAUUCAUUGAACAUGAAACUGAUACUUUGUUACCUGAAGAUCAAAUCACUGGCAAAACAACAGAUAUUACAUCAACAAUAGCCACAACUAAAUUGACAACAGUAACUGAAGUAGAAGGUAUAGAUACCACUGAAGUUGUUACUGUAUCUGAUUGUGGAGAAACAUGUGUAAGGUCUUCUACAGAAAUAAUAGCCAAAGUACCUCAGCCAGGUGAAGAAGUUAAAACUUCAACACAAUCCAUCGAUACAUUUAUCACCGAUUCAACUACUUCUAUAAAUUUACCUACAGGAUUUUCAAAUGUGACUUCAACUUCUAAUGAAGUCACAGAAACGGAAGCACACACCAUAGCUGGAAUGGAUACUACUACUUUAAAACUAUUUACGGAAUCUCCUACAGAAUUUUCCAUUACUGAUACGAUAACUACACCCAUAACUACUACAGGAACAUUUACAACAGAAGGCCUAGACCUAGACAUUACAACUACAGUAGAAAGUCCUUCCACUACUGUAGUUCCUACUGAAUGUUCAGAUUCAGUAUGUAAUAACCACGGGAAUUGUAUAAACAUGCCAAAUGGUAUUCAGUGUCACUGUGCGUAUAAUUAUGGUGGAAGAUUUUGCGAGGAGAAGAUUUCCAUCGUUUCAGCUGCUUUCGGAGGGAAAUCUUACAUAGCGCAUCAAUUACAAAACACUACGUCUAUAAAUGUUGAAUUCAAUGCUAAAACCCUCAUUACUGAUGGUCAGAUCAUGUUCGUGGAUAUUGCCAAAGACGUUUACAUGCAGCUUUACAUGAAUUUGGGUCUUCUAAAAUUCAAAUUUUCAUGUGGAUACCAAACAAUGCUCCUAAGUGAGUUGAAAACUUAUGUCAAUAAAGGCUUUGCCAUGAAAAUUGAGACAAGGCUAGACUUGAACUUGAAAAGCCAACAUUGUAACGCGACAUUACGACUCAAUGACACAUUGGGUAUGAGUGGUGGCCAAGUGGCUAACAUUACUACUCUUGAACAUAACGCCACCCUGUACUUAGGGAAUAUACCAAACAUACAUAUGAAGGAGUUGGAGAACCAACCUUUUGUUGGUUGUAUAAAAGAUUUGACGGUAAAUGGUGAAAAACGUGAGAUAUUUGGGGAUUCGGUACAGGCCAGUGAAAUUAGUGAGUGUUCAUCUUUAUCUUGCCUUUCUGGCCCUUGUCUCAAUGGCGGAUCGUGCAGCGACCAUGAGAAUGAUUAUAUUUGCUCCUGCGCUAAUGGUUGGAUGGGUGAUAACUGUGAAAAGUCUGUUUGCGAUCACAAUCCCUGCCAGUAUGGAGGCAGCUGCAUUCGUCACCCAGGGAGCGGAUUUCUAUGUUUAUGCCCCUAUGGAAAACAUGGCAUAUUUUGUGAAUAUAAUGUAGAAAUAACGAGGUCUUCAAUAGCACCCCUCGCCACUGGAAUCAGUUCAUACUUAAUAUUCCCCAUGUCACCGCUAUCUAUGAACUCGGAACGUUUCGAUCUUCGUCUACGGUUUCAAGCUAUUGAUAUGGAUCAGAUAUCGCUACUAGCCUUUGUAGGACAGCAUGGUCAUCACGAUUCAAGAAGUCAGCAUUUAGCGUUGACGUUUGUUAAAGGAUAUCUUAUGCUGACGUGGAAUAUGGGAAGUGGUCCCCGUCGCAUAUUCACUCCGCGGCCGCUGAGCGAGCGUCGGAGCGGGCACACAGUGCGCGUGGGCCGCCGCGGCCGCGCCGCGUGGCUCAGUGUUGACUCGCGCUUCAACGUGUCCGGCAACGCGCCGGGCGCCGAGGUGAAGAUGACUACACUGCCUUAUGUUUAUAUUGGUGGCCACCCCUCCGAAGGCUUCCUCGACUUACCCCACGACUUGCCGCUCCACGCCGGCUACAAGGGCUGUGUGUGGGACGUCGGCGGCGGCGGCGUCUCCGGCAAGGCGGUGGGCGGGCGCGGCGCGGGGCAGUGUGGCGUCGCGCAGUGCACUGACAAGAGUUGCAACUCUCACAGAGGACUGUGUUUGGCUACGCCCGCUACUUACGGCUACGCCAGCUACUUACGGGUAAGCAACGGUACAGAACAGUAUGGCGUCGCGCAGCGCACGGACAAGAGUUGCAACUCGCAUAGAGGACUGUGUCUAGCUACGCCGGCUACUUAUGGGUGCAUUUGUAACGAAGGAUGGUUCGGGGCGACGUGUUCAGCCAAACAGAACCCUUGUGACCCGGCCACUAACAAGUGUAAAGGACGAUGCGUAAUCACAGCCACAUCUGAAGCUUACUGCGAUUGUCCUUAUGGGACGACUGGCGUGCAUUGCGAAAAGGAACUAAUUCCAACGGACGUUCUCUUCACGGGCGUGCGAUCAUUCGUCCGUCUUGUUCCCCGUCCGAUCUCCAGCGUCAGUUUGAAUUUAGAAGCCGAGGUGAAACCGACGAAAGUUAGAGGUCUGAUACUCUUUGCUGAGACACCACAUUUCUACACCGCGUUGUCUUUGCAAGGGGGUUUAUUGGAGUAUCGCUGGACUGACCGACUAUCAGGAGUAACAUCGCUAGUGCGCAGCGGCGUGGUGGUAUCCACGGCUCAGUGGCACAACGUGAAGGCGGGGCGAUACGGCAGCCGACUGUACGUGUGGGUGGACGGAGCUAUCAGCACUGAAGCCAUGUUGGCUCAUGCCUUUCCACAUACGGCCGCUAAUGCUUCUAUUGUUCUUGGUGGAGCGAAAGAUUUGUCUACUCUACCUUUUGACGUGAUGUCUGGACCGCCAGAGUCGUUUACUGGAUGCAUAAGAAAUCUUCAUGUUAAUAAUGUUCUGAUGCCUUUGGAGAAGCAAAAUAUUGAAGAGGCCCAGAAUCUAGGCGACUGCGACGGCACAGCGUGCGGCGCGGAGGCGUGCGGCGGCGGCGCCUGCGUCGUGAAGGACGGGCGCGCCGCCUGCGCCUGCGGGGCCGGCGGGAACGCAGACAGGUCCACCACCAGGUGUCGGCGCGAGGUGCCUUGUAGGGCGGCGCAGUGCUCCCCGCGCGGCGCGUGCAGGCGGGGGCGCUGUGUGUGCAGCACCGGCUUCGCUGGACCACGCUGUGAGGACCGAAUAAACAUAACCAUACCGCAGUUCAGUGGCGAGUCGCUCCUAUCCCUGACGCGUAAGGCCGCGUCUCCAGACAGUCAAGUUGGGGAGCAACGCGCCGGCCCGUCCUCCCGGCCUGGCGUUGUGAAGAUGAACUUCACUACUGCACAGCCUGAUGGCCUGCUGUUCUGGGGGAGCAUGGAUAAGGACUAUCUAGGCAUCGGAUUAGAAGAUGGCUACCUAAAACUAGUUUGGUCCUUCCAUUACGAAAACGCCACAGAAUUUUCAGAGCUAGAAGAUAACCCUCUAGAUUCUUCUAGAAGUUUAAGCCGUACGCUGCCGCAUGCUGGUUUCUUGGCGGAUGGGGAGUGGCAUGUUGUAUUUUUGAAGAUGGAAAAAGAGAACAUUACGUUGGUUGUUGAUGAAUUAUUGGCGUAUGUGGAAGAGCCUGGAUUGGUUGGAUCGUCCGAAUAUGAUGUUGUUGAUAUGUUUUUUGGUGGAAUACCAGAAACUGAAAACACGAAUGCUAAGCAAGCGUUUCCUCACAAUUUCAAAGGCUGCAUCGACAACUUACAGACUAGCGAAAAAGCGCCAUCUAUACUUAACUACACAGAAGUUUACAGUGAGAACGUUAAAUCGUGCCAACUUUUUCCGUGAAAAUUCAGUUUGGGAACAAUACUUAUUUACCUACGACAUACGUGAGUAAGUAACUAUUUGUAUUUAUUUAAUCUUUGUAUGAUUAUUUGUCCCAUUUUCAAUAAAAAUAAAAUAAUUAUAGUUAGGUAAUUGUAGAGGUCAAGUGCAAUGUUCGAAAAAACAACUUUAUAAGUACAAUCAAGCUACAAUAUUUUAUUUUAAUAAUUAAAAUAAGAUAAAAUAUUUAAGUUGGUAUCUAAUUAACUAUAAAAUUUCUUGUGCGCAAAAUACUUGAGAGUACAAAAACAAUCUAGUCUUCUGUAGAUGUCAAAAAAUUGUUACACUUUACUUAGGUCUUCGGUCUACUUGUUUUAAAAGUAGUGAUAUUUCAGAGUGUGCCUUCUUGUAGAUAAAUUAGAUUUUAGCUUUAACUGAAAAACAACUAGAUUAACGUGUGCAUUUAAAAGCAUUUACUUUAAGUAUCUAAUUAUGUGCCUAUACCUACUCAUAUUUAAGUCUAUCCCAUAAUUCUUAUUUUUACACGUAACUAAAUUUAAAUAUAUGGUUUUGUCGGAGUUUCAAAAUAAUAAAAAGAGUCUUCGUACAUAAAAUAUAGUUUUAUUGAUAUAUUCAUGUUUAAUAAAUUGUAUACAUAACAUCAUCAAAUAUUAUAUUAUAAACAUAUACAUUUCGUUAUACGUAACUAGUUCAGACACAAAUACAAUAUGAGAUGUUCUCCCCAUUAAACAUUUGUCAUUAGUUUUAAACAUUUAGUCGCAAUAGUUAGCGGCAAGGAUCCCUGUCUCGUGCGCGGGCUCGGCCGGCGCGGCUGCACAGUGCACCACCCACAGUGGAGACGAUAUAG